AAGCACUGUGGACACAAAUUAGAUGGAGGGGGGUAAAAAAGAGGAGGUUAAACAGAGUUUGACAUACUUAAGACAAAGACCACAGAAAUUGUGAGUGGAAUGGUUUUCAGUGGCUGAGGAAGGAACAUCUACAGCCACAACUUCAUCACAGAAGAAAAGGAACUUGAUGUUGCAUGUGUAAGAGAGAAAAAAACAGAGACCCUAUCAGUUCCACUGACAACUCUGGAUAGUGGCGAGAAGCAGCAGCAGCAGGAGAGCCGACAGCAGGAAGCCAACAUACCAGCACUAAAUAGAUACGGCUCCAAAAACACUCUUAACGCUCUUUUAAGUUCACACAAGUAAAGGAGGGGAAAAGUAAACCUGUUUAUAGGUAGAGGAGACGAGAGCCGAAAGGAUAAAGGGAAAACCAGGAGAGCUUUAUUGAAGUGUGAGUGGAGAACGUGUGCACAGAGGACUGACUGGACAGAAGUGGACUCGAGAAGAAGUAAGAAAAGCAGCAACAACCUGGAGGACGAGCAGCAAGAGGUCCACCGGGCCCCACAGCACAAUUUUACUAUGACUAUGAGCGAUACUCUAGAGAAGGGGGCCCAUCAUCAGGCCUUGGACCUGUCUGAGGAACUGCCGCCACAUCACCACCACCAACAUCACACCAACCACCACCACCAUCUCCACCACUCCCACUCUCUGGCCUCCACCACUGCUGUGGGUGGAGGCGGAGGCAGAGAAACACCCUCACGUGUGGUCGUACCUCCUCCGUACUCGGCAGCAGAGAGUGGUGGUAGGUGCAGCGACGCUCCUCUGGAGCUAAGGGGGUCCCUGGACUGCUGGGCCUGCUCAGUACUGGUAACAGCUCAGAACCUGCUGAUUGCCACGAUCAACGCCUGCCUUGCUGGACUGGUGUUUGGUACCAUCCUGACACCAGCCACUGUCAUGGUGGUGUUUGGCUUCCUCUGCCACUCUACAGUCCGCCCUCAUGGGACGACCCCGUAUUGCUCAGACCUGCUGACUGACGGAGGCUGCGUGGCUCUACUGGUAGUGGGAUUCCUCUUAGUGACCCCUCUGCUGGUCCUGGCACUGGCUGCAUACUGUCGCCUGGCCCGACACCUCCAGCUGGGCCUGUGCUUCAUCCCAUACAGCCGGGCUGUGUACAAGAACCUGCCAGCCGCGCAGCACCGUGGGCUGGGCACUGGCUGCUGCGGUGGCCGAGAUGGAGCCGAUGGCACUGGCAAGGGAAAGGUGUGGGUGUGAGAGAGGAAAAAACAGGGAAGAAAAUAAGAUGUGGAUGUUACAUUGUUAUAUAAUUACUAUUAACUUACUCCCAUGUCAAAACAACAUAAUUGACUGUUCAGAAAAAAUGUAAGUGUUGUGAGUAUUUUUAUGUCAAUUUACUGUAAGAGGGACUCUUAAUUAAUGAGUCAAAGGAACCAGAAAAAAUGAAAACAGCACAUCAGAAAGGGUUAUAUUGACACUAGAUAAACAUAAUUGUAUUUGUACGUAAAGCAAACUGUGACAGCAAUUUCUUGUGUUAUUUCCUUUUUUAUAAAUAAAGUUUUUGGAUUCAGCUACA